ACAGCCUGCAUCAGCCGGGGGAGGACCGGCGCGAACCCGCUGCGGCAUGAACAGUCCGACGCUGUGAGGAGCACUUGACUUCCUGUGAUGUGUGCACUUGACUUCAGACACUUUUGACUCUGCAGCAGUAAACAUGUCUCGUUUCGCAGCUCGUCGUCUCUUCGUAGUUGCUUCCCAGAGCGCUACAGCAAGAUCUGCGGUGCAACCGAGGAGGAUGCCUGUAUUCAUCCGCCCUGUAUGCACGUCUCAAGGUCUUCAGUCUCUCACUCGUUACACUGAGACCACAGACUGGCAGAAGAAACUUACCCCAGAACAGUACGUAGUCACCAGGGAGAAGGGGACAGAGGAGCCUUUUAGUGGGAUUUAUCUGAACCACUAUGAGGUGGGGAUGUACCAUUGUGUCUGCUGCCAAUCUCCACUCUUCAGUUCAGAGGCUAAGUAUGACUCUGGGACUGGCUGGCCUGCAUUCAAAGAGGCUCAUGGGACAUGGGAGAGGGAUGAAAGCCACUCCUCCAUCAUUCGUCGCCCCGACAACAGCCUGGGAACUGCAAGUACAGAGGUCCUUUGUAAAAAUUGUGAUGCCCACCUGGGUCACGUGUUUGAAGAUGGGCCAGAGCCUUCAGGUCAGCGGUUCUGCAUCAACAGUGUGGCUCUAACAUUUAAACCUCGAGAAAACCACAAGCCUGACAUGCCAGAGGAAAACUGAAGAUUUACAUGGACUUUUCUAAAAUACUCAAUUUUACUGCAGGACAAUCCUUUUUAGAGGGAAAAAAAGGACCCAGAGAUGAAUUGUUUGCUCCAUGGUUUGGUCCUGUACAGGUGGAAGACAGUGAAAGGAAUUGUGUGGAACAUUUUUAUUCAGAUGGAUGAAAUUCCUGAGGUUUGUUGAACAGAAAAAGGUUCCGACUCAGAAACUUGAAGGGUCGACAAAAACAGCAAAGAAUUUUGUCAUAAAACUGUCUUAAUUAAUGAAGAGGAAGAACAUUUUCCUUUUUUGCCAGGGGAAUGAAAUUUUGAAGGAUACCUUUAUAGUGAUGACAGUUUAAAAAAAAAAGAUGUAAUUUUUCUCUUUACUUUGUUUGACCUACCCUGAUAUUGAAAAAUGCCAAAAUACACUGGUGUUCAAUUGUUCUUCUGUAAAGCACAGAUUUAAAAACUUAAGACUUUAUGAAAUUGCAAAACUGUAUUUUCUGUCUGACCACAUUUACAGAUAAAAUAUUGCCAUUAAAUGUCCAUUUUGUUUGCU